UCAACAUUAUCUAAAAAAUGAUGGAGGAGCAGAUGCCCCCACCCUCCGAAAAAAGGAGCUCGCUCGGAGGAGCGGACUCCCCCAGGACCAGAGUUACGUUGAGGGUCGCGGGUCCCUAUAAAGACCGAGGCAGUCUGGAGGACCAGCCAGUUGGAGCAGCGCAGGACCAACCGCCUCAGCGCCCGACGUGGAGAUGCCCGCUGCAGUCGUGUUCCCCAUGGUGAUCGUCUCCUUGCUGGUGGCUUGCAGUCCAGCGGAGGCAUGGUACAAGCAGGUGGCCGGUCCAAGCUACUACUCGGUGGGCAGGGCGUCCGGCUUGCUGUCCGGCAUCCGGAGGUCACCGUACGUCAGGAGAGCCGAGCCGGACCCGGCGGACCGCGACGAGCUGGAGACCGGCAGCGUGUUUCCGGAGUCCACUCAGCAACACUUCAUCCUGAAGACGAUGCCGGUCUGCAUCAGAGACGUUACACCAAACCUGCAGAGCUGUGAACUCUUCCAGGAAGUCAAGGGCUCCUUCAGGUGCCAAGCGGACGUCUUCCUCUCUCUGGACUCGGCCGACUGUGCAGGAGACUGAGCGGUGAAGCGGCAGCUGAUGAUGAAACCGCCUUCUUUGCUUCGGCGUUACAUUAUUUUUAAACGGUACAUGUCUGAGUUUAACACUUAUGCUGCACCAAAUGAAAGAUAUGCAGUUUUCUUCAUUUUACAAAU